UGUGAGGUAUGGAAAGUAAACAAACAAGCUAUAGCGCUAAUCAGAUACAGCACAACGGGCAGCAACCAUGGGAACCCCCUUAAUCUGAGGUUUCAGAUCGCGAUGAAAGUAGCCUGGUCCUCGGCCAGUUGAAAGGACAUAUCCUAACUGCUGGGGCUUUAAUCAGACUCACAACUGCCCUCAACCGACACGAAGAAUGUAACUGCACCGUUACCCAUCAGCAAGGGACUUCUGGGUUGCUGGCGGAAUGUUUAAGGCGGGCACUUCGGCGACCCAGGUGUUUUAGGACAACGUCCGCGGUUCGGCUGCCCUGUUAUCGCCAUAGCCUAAUAUAACAACACAUCAGCCUUAACCGGCGUCUAGCCUGCUUUACCUUCGAUAGUCAAUCGUCGGCGCUUGCAUGCUCUACUGAAGUUAGUUGGAUAGUUUUCCAAAAGGUCGGAUUUACAAUGAAAGCCAAGAUUGGGGUCAUCCUAGUCAUGCUUGCAGCUUUCGUUUAUGUUGCAGCACAGGAUGCUGAAGCCGAGCAAAAUGUUGUGGAAGAGUUAUUGGUGGAAACCUUGGUGAAACCCGAAACUUGCUCUAUAAUGUCAGAAAUGGGAGACACGCUACAAAUCCACUAUACGGGUAAACUGCUGGCAGAUGGCAAGGUGAUUGACUCAUCACUGUCCCGGGACCCCCUUGUUGUUGUGCUGGGAAAGAGGACCGUUAUCCCUGGUCUGGAACAGAGCUUGGUAGGAGUUUGUGAAGGACAAAAAAUCAAGACCACUAUUCCACCACACCUUGCCUAUGGAAAGCGAGGAUACCCUCCCACCAUCCCAGCUGAUGCUGCCCUAGAGUUUGAAGUGGAGGUGAUGUCACUGAUCCAAGUAACCCCAUGGCAGAAGAUGGUGAACGAUGUCUUCCCUCUAGUGUGUCUGGGCCUGGUUCCCACUUUGCUGGGCAUGGUGGGCCUCUAUCUCUAUAACAAGGCCAAUGCCCAGCGGCCAGGCAAGAAGGCCAAGAAGAGAAAGAAUAAAUAAAGGAAACUCACAGAACUAUUUAAAUAAUAAAAUGUAAAAACAACAAGGGAACGUUGUUAUUAUCGGA